CAUGCCAGUCUCAACGCCCAACGACCCGCAGGCAGCGGCCCUGCUUUCUCAUGUUCUCUCACAGACGCAUGCGAACGUCCUCUUCCUCGCCUCACAGAACUACAUCUCCUCGUCCGAGGCUACCGAAAUCAUCACCCGCCUCUCCCAGGGACCCAGCUCCCCCUCCACCGACUCCGUCGCCGCAAGCAUGCAGAACCUCGCCGUCGGACCCGCCCGCGUACCCUCACCCGCACGCCGCGGAGUCCCGCCCCCGCCUCCACGAAACAACACUAAGAGAGCGCGCGCCAUCUGGCCCUACAACGAAGACGGCCGGGAAGUGAACGACAUCUCCUUCUCCGCCGGAGAGACCAUCGAGAUCGUCGACGAGACGAACGCAGACUGGUGGACCGGCAAGUGCAGGGGCCGGCAAGGCCUCUUCCCCGCAAACUACGUCGAGCUCCUCGACGCCGGGCGCGGGCCCCCGCCGCCUCCGGCCGCCUCCAGCAUGCCCGGGAUGCCCAUGGGGCCCAUGCACAUGUCCUCGUACCACCAGCCGCCGCCGGGCCCGCCCCAGCAGUACGGCAUGCCGCCGCACGAGCCGGAGAAGGUUGCCAUGUACCAGCAGCAGCCGUCGUACGCGCCCCAGCCGAUCAUGUCGCCCAUGCAGGUCGCCCAGCCGCAGGAGCAGCAGCCGCCCCCGAAGAAGAACAAGUUUGGGAAGCUGGGAAGCACGAUGGCGACCUCGGCCGCGGGUGGUGUCGGUUUCGGUGCUGGUGCCGCUAUCGGUGGUGGCAUCAUCAACUCCAUCUUCUGAGUGUGGAGUAUCUUGGGCUAUUAGGAAGGAUUAGACAUGCUAUGACUUGUGCUGUGAAUGGACUUGGGCUACAUAGGAUCUCGUCUGUACGUGUACCCGUCUAAUUGGCAAUCAC